UGAGAAACGCCCCUGGGAACAGGAAUCCACCCUCCACCGCUGACACCAUGACCCAGUCGUGCUGCUCCCCUUGCUGCCAGCCCACGUGCUGUGAGUCCAGCUGCUGCCGGCCUUGCUGCCCCCCAGUUUGCUAUGAGGCCACCCAAACGACUUGCUGUAGGACCACCUGCCGCAAACCGACUUGUGUGACCACCUGCUGCCAGCCCACCUGCUGUGAGUCUAGCAGCUGUGGACAAACCUGCAGCGGGUCCAGCUGCGGACAGCCCUGCUGCCAGCCCGUUCGCUGUCAAACCACCUGCUGCAGGACCACCUGCCUCAAACCCACCUGUGUGACCCCCUGCUGCCAGCCCACAUGCUGUGAGUCCAGCAGCUGUGGGCAAACCUGCGGCGGGUCCAGCUGUGGCCAGCCCUGCUGCCAGCCGGCUUGUGGUGCUGCCGUGUACUGCCGCAGAACCUGCUACCACCCCACGUGCUUCUGCCUGCCGGGCUGCCUAGCCCAGAGCUGUGGCUCCAGCUGCUGCCAGCCUUGCUGCCGCCCUGUCUGCUGUCAGACCCCCUGCUGCCGCCCUCGCUGUGUGUCCACCUGCUGCCAGCCCUCCUGCUGCUGAUCCCCUGGCCUAAGAACCCCCAGCCUCACAUAACACCUGUGGGUAAUGGACUUGCCACCUGGAGGACAAAAUCACUUCGGAGACUUUGCCGACAACCACCAUGCUCUACCAAAUUUCUGCCUGUUGCACAGCCUGUGAGUCAGCCUGAUGGAGUGCAGAGAACUCCCCGCAGUUCUCAUCCUCUCAUGUAGGAGGAUCAUGUGCCAGCUUCACGCAGCCUUGAUAGGGAGUUUUGUCUUGGCUUUGACUCUGAAGAUAGGACUGGCCUCCUCGUACCGCUAAGGACCUCAGGAAAACAGAUGUUCAUUACCUGCUCAUAGGUUUCUGCAGCUGAUCCUAAGCUUCCUGAUCUGAUGUCCUCUAUCCAUAGACUCAGAUUUCUGUACCCAGCUUUCCUCUUGUGGGAUCACCUGGAGUUAUCUUCCAGGAUGCGGGAGUUGCUCCUCAAUAAAUUCUGUCCAACUCAUCUCA